CAGUCGCGUCAGGCAUCGCGACUUUCCACCCACGGAAUCUUGCCCAGUUGUAAACGGCGGCAACCAACAAAAUCGGCUCUCUUGGCCACUUAUAAGGCCAAUUGUCUACAGCCAUGUCAUAUUACGAUAUUGAUGCCAUCCUCACGGAUGCAGAGAAAAUACCCUGUACCUUCGAGAUCGACGUCCCCAGCCUCGGCUACCUAGACAACAGCCCCUCGCAGCCGCUCAAAUCCGGCACGCAGCUCAACCUCCCCCUCUGGCUAGCCGAGAUGCUCGCCCUCGCCAACACCCACAGGGCCGCAACGACCACCGACGACGACAACCCCGACGGCGACCCGGACGAGGCCCGCUCCUUCGCGACGCUCAACCUCCCCCCGGCUCUCUCCAACGACGUCGCCCAGGCCCUCAAGGCUGACCCGCGCGCCGUCGCCCUGCGCGACCAGAGCGCCCACUUCUACGGCCUCGCCGCCCGCAUGCUCGACCUGUUCGAGGAGCCCGAUCUCGCCGCCGUCCUGCGCCGCACCUUUGCCGCUCGCGCCGCUGAGGUUGCCCUGCACGCGCGGAAGGCCGGCGGUGGUGGUGGUGGUGUCGCGGCGGCGAAGGGGUCCUCGGGGGGUUCGUCCGCCGCUGCGGCCGCGGCUGGGGCUGACGAGGGGAGCAAUCUCGGGGUCGGCGGGGCGGGUGGGGAGUUCCUCAGGGGGCUGGAUGAGUGGGAGAGGAAGCUGUUUAGGAAGGCGCACGAUGGGACGAGGGCUGGGAGGGAGUGGAUGGAUGGUGUGAAGAGGCGCUGAGGGGACACCACGUCGAGAGGGCCUUCUGUACCGUGACAAAGAGGACGAGUCAUGCACCAAAUAUCCUCGACAACGAAGCUACACCUAGCCGGUCGAGAGACACUUGGAGGGGUUGAGAGGAGGACCACGA